CUCCGCCUCACUGCACAGACCCACUCAAUGUAAGAGAGACUGCACUCCAAUGUAGUCCAUCAGAAAGGGUAUCUAGCUAACGUUAGCUAUAGCCAUUUUACUUGGUGCAUUUGGUUGUAAGCCGAAGUAAAAAAUAAUGGCUAAGCAGCUAGGAAAGGAUUUGGAUUGGAUCAUUGGGGUGUAUGUAGUUUUGUGUCACGAGGGUGCUUGUUGCGUUGCGUACUAAAGGUGGGGAGGUAUCACUUGGGUCUUGCUGCCGUCUGUUUACCUAGCCAACUGAAUUUGCUACACCAGCAAAGACACAUUGGGAUGUCCAUGAAGCAAGUUCAUCGGGCCUGAGCAUGGACCGCCGACAAUGCUAGUGCUACCAUGGGCAGCGUCACACUGCGCUACUUCUGCUAUGGUUGCCUCUUCACCUCUGUGACCUGGUCCGUCCUGCUCUUCCUCUACUUCAGCCUGAGCCAGGACAGCGGCCGGCCCUCCUUCAGGAAUGUUCCCAUCCAUGGGCCCCAGGCCAAACGCUUCCAAUCACGCUUCACCAGAAGCCCUGGAGGAGGCCAAGAGCAAGGCAUCAAGGCAGUCCCUGCAGCAAGAGGCAACAAAAAGGCCGAUCUCUCUCCGGAGAUGGGUAUGAUUUUUAAUGAGCAAGACCAGGAGAUUCGAGACAUGGGCUAUCACAAGCACGCUUUCAACAUACUCAUCAGCAAUCGACUGGGCUUCCACCGAGACCUCCCCGAUACUAGGGACGACAGGUGCCGAGAUGGAAUCUAUCCUCUGUCCCUCCCCACGGCCAGCGUAGUGAUCUGCUUCUUCAACGAGGCGUUCUCCGCCCUCCUGCGCACCGUGCACAGCGUCCUAGAUCGCACGCCUGCCUACUUGUUGCAUGAGAUUAUACUGGUGGAUGACAGCAGUGAACUAGCUGACCUGAAGGAAGACCUGGACAUCUAUGUCCAGCUCAACCUCCAGGGCAAGGUCAAGGUAGUCCGCAACGAGAAGAGAGAAGGACUGAUCCGAGGGAGGAUGAUAGGGGCCUCUCAUGCCACAGGGGAGGUGCUGGUGUUCCUCGACAGCCACUGCGAGGUAAACGAGGCGUGGCUAUCGCCCCUGCUGGCGCCCAUCCAGCGGGACCGCAAGACGGUGGUGUGUCCCGUCAUCGACAUAAUUAGUGCCGACACGCUGGCCUACAGCCCCUCCCCCAUCGUCCGGGGGGGCUUCAACUGGGGGCUGCACUUCAAGUGGGACCCUGUGCCCGCCUCAGAGCUCAACGGCCCCAACGGAGCACUGGGCGCCAUCAGGUCCCCCACCAUGGCCGGUGGUCUGUUUGCCAUGGACAGGAAGUACUUUAACGAGCUGGGCCAAUACGACAGCGGCAUGGACAUCUGGGGCGGCGAGAACCUUGAGAUCUCCUUCCGGAUCUGGAUGUGUGGGGGCCAGCUCCUGAUCAUUCCCUGUUCGCGGGUUGGUCAUAUAUUUCGUAAACGCCGGCCCUACGGGUCACCCGGAGGUCAGGACACCAUGGCCCACAACUCCCUGCGCCUGGCCCACGUAUGGAUGGAUGAAUACAAGGAGCAGUACUUCAACCUUCGGCCGGAGCUCCGGGAACGCGCCUACGGUGACAUCAGCGAGCGGCAGGCGGUGCGCCAACGGCUGCAGUGCCACUCUUUCAAGUGGUACCUGGACACCAUCUACCCCGAGAUGCAGGUGGCCUCAACCCACAACAAGCCUCAGCAGCCUGUGUUCGUCAACAAAGGUCUCCGCAGGCCCAAAGUGCUGGAAAGAGGCCGGCUGCGGAACCUGCAGGCUGACAAGUGUCUGGUGGCUCAAGGGAGGCCAAGCCAGAAGGGGGGUGCCGUGGUGCUGAGGGCCUGUGACACACACAACCUAGAACAGGAGUGGGCCUAUGAUGAGGAGCACGAGUUGAUCCUGACUGGCCUGCUGUGUCUGGACAUGUCCGAAAUCCGCUCGUCUGACCCGCCCCGUCUCAUGAAGUGUCACGGCUCAGGAGGCUCCCAGCAGUGGACCCUGGGGAAGAGCAACCGGCUAUAUCAAGUCUCAGUGGGUCAAUGCCUGGCCGUGGUCGACACAAUCAGCCCCAAGGGAUACGUUGCCAUGGCGAUCUGUGAUGGCUCUCAGUCCCAGCAAUGGCAGUUGGAGGGCUGAUGUUGAUACCCCACGACUAGUAACGUUCCAGACAUUGACUGCCCCCCUCUGGAUGGAGAAUACUGCACGCUGCUGCUGUGACAAGGAAAGAGGGAUGGAACUAAUUAUACGGACUGUGUUCUUGAAGACUUGGAGAAUGAAUGCUGUUUGUCUUCAGAACUGGUUCCAGCCUCCCUGAAGUGCACAGAGUAAGUACACUGUAGUCCCAACCGCAUUUGUAUGACUUCCCCUCUUGGAAAUUAGUACUCCAUUAUUCCCUGAGAACAAUUCCUUGUCCUAUGUUUUAGAAUGUGUCAUGCAAGUGAUUUAAAAAAAAAAAAAGUACAAUCAUGUUUAAAUGAAUUUUAUCCAAAUAAUAUUGCGUAAGUCCCCCAAAAGUGUUUACUAAGAACUGUGGACUACCAGUAUUAGGACCCUGGUUUUAGAGUAAUUUUAUUCUGUACUUAUUACAAUCUGUUAUUAAAGUGGAAUUGGCAGCGUUUUAA